AUGGUCUCAAAUAGCAAGAGGUUAUGUGUUUGUUUUGUUGUAAUCUUGUCCGUGCUUCCAAGUAUCAGCUUUCUUAGGAACAAUCCGUACGUUUGUGAUUGUAAAAUGAGUUGGUUCCUCAAAAGGUUACGUUUGAAAGAUUACACACAAUUACUCGUCGAUGUCAGAAGGAUGAAAUGUCAUGAACCUGAAAGACUGCGCGGAAAACUGAUCUAUAAACUGAAAGAAGACGAUGUUUGCUCCAAAAAAAUGAUAAUGAAUGAAUGCAAACUUCAGAUUGAUCAAUGUCAUCAACAUGCAGACUGUCACGAUCAAAACAGAGGAUACAGGUGUUCUUGUCGAACUGGUUUUACCGGAAGUGGAUGGAACUGUUCUGAUAUCGAUGAAUGUCGACAAACUGGAGUAUGUUCGAAAGCAAACACAAAAUGUGUGAACACAAUGGGAACGUACUUGUGUUACUGUGACAGAGGUUUUAUGCUAAAAAAUUCAAAGUGUGAAGACAUAAACGAAUGUAGUGAAGGUACAGCGACAUGUCCGCGUCAUGCUAUUUGUAAGAACACAAAAGGAAGUUAUACUUGCAAUUGUAAAAAUGGUUAUGUUGUAAAAGGCAGUAAAACUUGUGUGAAAAAAGAAAUCGUGACAUGCAGUAGUUCACCUGGCCCGUGUGAUUUUUUGACGGAGGAUUGCAUACAAGGACAAUCUUUGGGAAGAUAUAACUGUCGUUGUAAGAAAGGUUUCACGAGAUCAGACAACGGAGUUUGCACAGACAUCAAUGAAUGUAACAAAAAUCACGAACUAUGCGAAUCGAUUGCUGAAUGCAAGAACACACCGGGAUCUUAUAAAUGCAUUUGUCCCGAAGGAUACGAAGCUGCAGAUGAGGAUACUUGUGACGACAUUGACGAGUGUGCAACAGGAAUGGACAACUGUCAUCGCGAUGCAGAGCGCAACAAUUUUAAACGAAGUCGUACUUCAAGUGGUGGAGCUCAUUAUAUCAUGGCCGCAAAUAGUGAAAUGUUACGUGUUUGUUUUCUCAUCGUGUUCUUUGUUGCAAGUAUCAGCCGACUUGACAAUAAUCCAUACGUUUGCGAUUGUAAAAUAAGUUGGUUCCUAAGAAGCUUACGUUUGAAAGAUUACACACAGAAAAUCGUUGGUCUCAAAAAAAUGAAAUGUGAUAAACCUGCAAGACUACGCGGGCAACUGAUCUAUAAACUGAAAGAAGACGAAGUUUGUUUUAAUAAAACGAUAUUGGAUGAAUGCAAACUUCAGAUUGAUCAAUGUCAUCAACAUGCGGACUGUCACGAUCAAAACAAAGGAUAUAGGUGUUUUUGUCGAACUGGUUUUACCGGAAAUGGAUGGAACUGUUCAGAUAUCGAUGAAUGUCGACAAACUGGAGUAUGUUCGAAAGCAAACACAAAAUGUGUGAACACAUUGGGAACGUACUUGUGUUACUGUGACAGAGACAUAAACGAAUGUAGUGAAGAAAUCGUGACAUGCAGUAGUUCACCUGGCCCGUGUGAUUUUGUGACGGAGGAUUGCAUACAAGGACAGUCUUCGGGAAGAUAUAAUUGUCGGUGCAAUUCACUGGCAAAAUGCAACAAUACACAGGGAUCUUAUGAAUGCAUUUGUCGUCGAGGAUACGAAAACAAGAGGAUGUUUGUGCAGGUGGACAUUGACGAGUGUGCAGCAGGAAUGGACAACUGCCACCGUGAUGCAGUUUGCAUAAAUAACAUAGGAAGCUACACUUGCAAGGCAGGAUUUCUGCAGUAUGAAAAUGGAAGACUCUGUCAACAAGAAAAAAUUGUCUCUCUAAAUGGAGCGAAAAAAUUUGGGUUUUACAUGUUUCCAUGGAGAAAAUGUCGGAAAUUUGCGUUUAGUCGUAAAAAGUUGUUUUGUGACAAAAUGGGAGCCAAAUCUGUUCCGUACCACAUAUUUGAAGCACCUUAUAAAGUGAUUAAACUUGCCGAAAAUCCAUACGUUUGUGAUUGUCAAAUAAGUUGGUUCCUCAGAAAGUUGCGUUUGAAAGAUUACACGCAGAAAAUCAUCGAUCUCAAAAGGAUGAAAUGUCAUAAACCUAAAAGACUGCGCGGGCGACUGAUCUAUGAAUUGAAGGAAUUUGACGUAUGUCCAUAUAGAGUACCAAACAGGAAUGAAUGCAAACUUCAGAUUGAUGAAUGUCAUCAACAUGCAGACUGUCACGACCAAAGUGUAGGCUAUAAAUGUUCUUGUCAAACUGGGUUUACCGGAAAUGGAUGGAACUGUUCGGAUAUCGAUGAAUGUCGACAAACUGGAGUAUGUUCGAAAGCAAACACAAAAUGUGUGAACACAUUGGGAACGUACUUGUGUUACUGUAACAGAGGUUUUAUGCUAAAAAAUUCAAAGUGUGAAGACAUAAACGAAUGUAGUGAAGGUACAGCGACAUGUCCACGUCAUGCUAUUUGUAAGAACACAAAAGGAAGUUAUACUUGCACUUGUAAAAAUGGUUAUGUUGUAAAAGACAGUAAAACUUGUGUGAAAAAAGAAAUCGUGACAUGCAGUAGUUCGCCUGGCCCAUGUGAUUUUGUGACGGAGGAUUGCAUACAAGGACAAUCUUUGGAAAACAUCGAUGAAUGCAUUGCAAACAACGAUACAUGCAAUUCCCUGGCAGAAUGCAAGAAUACACAUGGAUCUUACGAAUGCAUUUGUCCUGAAGGUUAUAGAAAAGACGAAAAUACUUGUGAAGACAUUGACGAGUGUGCAGAAGAAUUGGACAACUGUCACCGCGAUGCAGUUUGCAUCAAUAGCAUAGGAAGCUACAUCUGUAUAUGCAAGGCAGGAUUUCAGCAAUUUGAGAAUGGAACACUUUGUCUGAAAGGGGAAAAAGAAGACGAAUUCCUUUUCACUGCAACAAUAAUCUUAGCGUGUCUGAUAGUCUUUGAAGUCCUGGGUUCCUUGACUUUAAUUAAAUUGACCAGAAAGUUACGAUUGAAAGAUUACACACAGAAAAUUAUCGACCUCAAAAAGAUGAAAUGUCAUGCACCUGCAAAAAUGCGCGGAAAACUGAUUUAUAAACUGAAGGAAGCUGACGUCUGCCCUGAGCAAACAAUAGGUACAAACGAAUGCAAACUUCAAAUUGAUGAAUGUCAUCAGCAUGCAGACUGUCACGACCUAUAUGUAGGCUAUAGAUGUGUUUGUCGAAGAGGUUUUACUGGGGAUGGAUGGAACUGCUCAGAUAUCGAUGAAUGUCAAGAAGAUGAUGUAUGUCAGAAUGAUUUGAGAAAAUGCGAGAACAUAUUGGCAAUGUACGCUUGUCCAUGCGAUAGAGGUUAUAAAGAAGGAGGUUCAGGGUUAUGUACAGACAUAGACGAGUGUUCUGAAUUCACAGCAACGUGUCCGCGUCAUGCUAUUUGUAAGAAUAACAUAGGGAGUUAUACUUGCACUUGUAAAAAUGGUUAUGUGAAAAACGACGAAGGCAAUAUCUGUACGAAAAAACGUAUGUAA